UGUACACCCCACUGAUCAACAGGCUGCUUCGGUGCAUGUUCUGAACCAAGGGACACCUGCAAUAAUCUGACAAAACCACCCACGGGACACUGGCCCCAGGGACGGGAAUAUGGCCGACACCCAGGUGUGUCUUCCUUCACCUCUAUUAAGGCCAAUCCCCGUGUAUGGUCAGAGAGAAGCACUUCCUCCUCGGAUCCCACGUCUCCCUUUCCAGCCAUGGGUAUCCAUGGACGCCGGACUUAGUCUUAUGAGAUCGUUCCCCCUAACGGCAUUCAUGGCGGUUCAGAAUCAUGCCAGGCAACAAGAAACGAGCGCCGAUAUUUCACCGGGGUUCCGAACGGUUGUCCGAUCAUUAGACGAUAAAUCACAGGAUGAUCGAACAAAUGCACGUGCUCCUCUGUCAAAUUCACAUAAGCAGAGCCCGGAUGUUGUCUCCACCUCGCCGUAUCCAUUUCCGCUGCAGCCAUUAAUAUUACCAAACCGAGGACAAUUAAUCUCACCACUUAACGUCAACAGGAAGGUAUUCCCUUGUCCAGAAUGCAGAUACACAACGGAUAGAAGAAACAAUCUCAAAAGACACAUGCUUACAAUGCACAGACGUUGCGCAAAGCUCAUGGAAUGUUGUGGCGUACUUUUCACUACGAAAGCCUCGCUUAGAGAACAUUCUAUGAUAUUUCAUUACCAUGGAUACACGUGCUUUUACUGUGGGCGUCGUUUCUGUCGGAAAGCACUCUUGAAACGCCAUCUAUCCGUCCAUAAUGGACAGAAAGAUUUUGUUUGUCCGGUUUGUGAUUACGCCACUAGUCACAAGAGUAACUUAGAACGUCAUAGGAAAAUCCACUUGCGCAGUGAUGACACGUCUUCGUCAGAAAGGGAUAUCGAGGAGGAGAAAUGUGACUACGCACAUCCUGCAAGAACCGGAAGUGACGUAGGGUUAGCACACGAGUCGGAUAUUUUGUCAGACUCGUCGGAAGAGGAAGAGAUUGACGUUAGCUGAGUCACGUGAUAUUGACACAUGCUAGAGUCACCUAGAAGGCUAAAGGGAAAUUGCAAUACUUCUGCCUGUCGUACCAACAGGAUAAAUAUGAUGCUAAAAACGCCUGUUAUAUUGUAUUGUCUCCAUUCAAGAUUCAUAUGUUAUGUUGUUAUUAUAUAUAAAAUAAAUAUUCAGUUUUGUUAACAUA